GUUUUGAAUACUUCUCGGAGCUGGGAUGGUGCUUUCCUGUUGCAUCCAUCACCGAGCAGGGCAACUUUGCAACGAGGCGGCGAAGGAGGAAUCGGUCAUGGAGCUCGUGACCGAUCACCUCCACCAUUCAUUCAACAAUGCGUGUCAAUAAUAUCUUGUGCGAGAGGGCGGCGUUCCGUGUUGCAUCAACCAACUGCGCGCAGCUGAGUCUCGCCGUUGGCUCCGAGCGGCUCGGCGAGCCAUCCUAGCAGGAUUCCUCCACUUUGGCUCAUUUACAUCGUCACCUUGGCGAUUCCAAGUCGUGGACACUUCGGCCACUAACGUUGCCCAGAGCGGUCCUUUAACCUGGGGUACAAUCUGGUCAACAUCUGUCCGGCUUUGCGCACUCCUGAACGUAAAUUUUCACCUUCUACGAAAUCCUCAUUUUUACUCUUUCUCUCGAAAUGGCGAGAGCUCGAUUGCUGUUGCCGCUGCUGGCGCUGCUGCUGGUGCUGUUUGCGGACGCCGACCAGAAUCUCGGCAAGACCACGUGCCCGCUGUGCAACAUGGACGUUAAGCCCAACAUCAAUGCCUCCAUUCUAGGUGACCAGUACAUCUACGCUUGUGAAAUGGCUGGCCACAUCGAUUCGCUGCAGAACGACCCGGCCGCGAAUCUAGGCUCUCCAGAGGAAGCCGAUAUCACCACGGACGAGAUCUACAAGGACGCAACGGACAUUAAGUGCCCCGUGUGCGGCAAGGGCUACGACCAGCUCAAACACGCCGUGCCGUGGAUUUCUAAGGGUGCACAGAAGAUAUACACGUGCUCAGAGGAACACGCGCAGCUGGUGUUCGACAACCCCACCAAGUACGUGGCGGCCCAAGGCUCGUCCGACGAUUUCUGCUCUGGCGCGGGUUCUGUCAUGUUCAACGGCUUCCAGCUGGCUAUCGGCGGUGAUGCAACGUGUCUGAUGCUGCUGUUCCAGCCCUGGGUGAUCUCGUCGGGGGUUAAAUACGCCUUCGCCUUCCUGGGUGUUGUGCUGUUGGCCAUGUCGCUCGAGGGAUUCGGAGAGCUCCGUGAGUUCGUCCAGACGCGACUGUACCGAGACCACGGCAUCGUGUCCAGCCAGGCAGACUACGUGUCCCUGGCCACCCCGCAAGCCAGUAGUCCCGGUCGUGUGCCAGACACCCCCAAAUUUAGCAUCGUACGUCGACUGCCACUCUGGAGCAAAGUGGUGCUGGCUGCCAUGUACAUGGUGCAUCUGUGUCUCGGCUACUGGAUCAUGCUGGUCAUCAUGACGUUCGAGACGCUCAUGUUCGUGGCUGUGAUCAUUGGCGUCGGUCUUGGCUUUGCCAUCUUCAAGGAUACUGACGCCGACGAACUGCGCGGCAGCGUUGACCCAUGCUGCUCCACCUAA